AUGGACACCGACGAGGCCAUGGACGACGCCGACGCCCACAUCUGCACCACCGCCAUCAUCAUGCAUGGACAACAUGAAGCGAAGACUGAAGACGACGACCACGGCAGCUUAAUCGGAGCGGCGCCCAGCGACGACGAGGAGUUUACGGAGGUGGUGGUGGUGCGGCAUGGGGAGACCUCCGGGAACACCUCCCGCAUCCUCCAGGGACAAUUGGACACAGAGCUAAAUGAGAUUGGUAGACAGCAAGCCCUUGUGGUGGCUCAUCGGCUAUCAAAAGAAGCCAAACCAGCUGCCAUAUACUCUUCUGAUUUGAAGCGUGCUGCCGAGACUGCAGAAAUUAUCGCAAAAGUUUGUGGUGUAACAAAUUUGGUGCCGAAUGAAGCACUGAGAGAAAUGCACAUGGGAUAUCUCCAAGGCUUGAAGUGGGAUGAUGCUGUAAAGAAAUAUCCAGAUGUUUUCAGAGCCUUUGACAUUUCUAAAAUUGCUGAGAGCAGAAACCAAGAAAUACCGGGUGGUGGAGAAAGCCUGAAUCAGUUAAAUGAGCGAUGUGUUUCUUACUUAAAUAAGAUUGCCCAAGAACACGCUGGGGAGAGGGUUGUGGUGGUCUCCCACGGUGCAGCCAUACAGGAGUUGUGCAGGCACGCCGAUCCACCCAACAGCUCCAUUCAUAGGAACAUUCCUAACACUUCAUUGAACGUUUUCCGUGUCUCCGGCAUCACCGGACGGUGGAUCCUCGAGAGGUGUGGAGAUGUCAGCCAUCUCGAUGGAAAUGGCUUUCUGUUGUGGUGAGUAUUGGAGAUGCACUAAGCACAAUCAUCGUCGGACCACGCUCUAUGUUUUUUUCUUCUACGCGAGUACAUCAUGUGUUUCUAUUUUGUUGGUGAAUAAGGGUUUGCUUGGUUGGGUUGUGAGUGUGAAAAAGAGCUAUUGUGAGAAAGCUGAAAACCAUUUGGCUGGAACAGCUGUGAAACCGUAGGUUUGCUGAAAAAUGUCUGUAAUGCCCCUGAAGUAUUGGGGGACUGUUGAUAUUCAAAUUGAUUGUAAAUCAUUUUUUCACUAAUUCGCACGCAAA